GAUCCAAAACGGAGCAACAAAUUUUAAAAUACACAAACAUUAAACGGGUGUUUUGUUUUAUAUAUUCGCUCAUAAAUACAAGCGUUUGGAAAGUCAGUGUCGGUAAUAUUGGCUUGCAAACAAAACAAAAGAAAUGUGCAGCGAACGCAACGAAAAUUAAAUACCAUUUUCCCCUCUGUUGCUGCUGCUGAUUUGUUGCUACGUGCUACGUGUGUGUGUUUUGUAGUUAACAAAUGGGACCAAAUCACAACAACGCUCUCAAGUAUUUACAAGCUGAGCAGCCAGAGAUUCGUUGUCACAGACACACCGACGACCGCAAGCAGCAGCAGCAGGAGGUGGCGGCGGCGGCAAGUGUAUUAAAAGCGUCAAAAUAGGAGCGUCGACAUCGUCGGCAGCAGCGUCACCAGCUUUGCCCCGUGACAGCUCGAGGAUGUCGGCGCGCAAGCCAGCGACAGUAGCAAUAUCAACAACAACAGCACCAGCAAAAUCGGAUAAUAAUAAUGUAGCAACAUCACCCACACUUGAAUUGGAAGGAACUGUAUCGGGCGGUGAUGAAGCUGCAACUGAAGGAACGUCAGCAACAACAACGGCAGCGUCUGAUGGAGAAGUGGAGACAACAACUCCUGAGGAAGAGGUAGAUCAAGGGCCACCAGAGAAGGAAAAGGACAAGGAGACGACGCUAGAGGCGACUGUGAAAGACAGCGGCUCGCCUAGAAAGUCGUUGACGGACACAAAGAUACUGCGGAACACGCGUCUGUCAUCGCCACUGCUGCUGGGUGCUGCCAGCGAUGGCGAGGAUCAACAGCCCAGCAACAGCCAAAAUAACCAGAGAAAGGGCUCAACGGAUCGUCAGAUUAUACGCGGCCGUAAGUCCAUAAAGGAGAUGCGCGAGGCGAAGCUGCAGGACGAACUCAAUGUGAAAGAGGAGUUGGCCAACUUUGAGCUCGAGGACGAAGCGAAGGACACAAAAGACAAUGUCAAGUCAGUGCUGGACAGUAAAGAUAAAGAAAAAGAGACGACGCCAACUCCAACAACUGCCACUUCCACUCCGACUCCCACUCCUGUGUCCACUCCCGCCACAACCUGCAAUCGUGUUACACGGAAAGCACACGCUCAGGAGCUGGCCAACAACAUGGCCGCUAACAACAACACACGCGUCACCCGCAAUCGCCGGCAAUCGUCGACGGUCAACAACGAGCCCCAGCUGCCGGCUCGGGGUCGCCGAAAAAAGGCAGCGUUGCUUAAGCGCAAGCGCUCCAUCGACGAUGCGUCCAACGAGUCUAGCUUGGCUUUAAAAUACACCAAAGUCGAGGUCAAGGAAGAGGACGACGAUCCCGACUCGAGUGUGGCAUCACUGGCUGGCGAUGAAGUCGCUGUCACGCCCGCCAAAUCCUCGUCGUCGUCGUCGGGUUCGUCGUCAACGCUCAACAUCAAGCUGGAGCUGCCUGACACCGAGGAUACUCCCAUGCACACACCCGAGCUGCCCUCCCCCGCUGUGCAGCAAUCGACGGCCAGUCGACGUGGUCGAGGCAGACCCCAAACGCGGACUACGCCCGUCAGUUGCACUGGGAGCAGCACACGUGCCACACGCCACAGCAAGGCCGGCUCGCCGUGUCUGUUGUUGGCAACCACGCUCACUGAGCCGCCCACGGCUUCGAAGCGCCGUCGGGUCGGUUCAUUGAAUCGCAGUCUCCUGGUCGCCAAGCCGACGUCAUCAUCGUCCGGCAACGCUGGAGUUGACGAGGACUCCAAGGAUAGUCUGGCAUCCAGUUCCAUGGAUGAUUUGUUGCUGCCCACGGCAGAAAUAAAACAGGAGAAAAUUACCGUGGACUUUGAGGAGAGCCUUGAUGCCGGGAGGACCACAAAACCGACCGAUCCGGAGCCCGUUGAGGAGGCACCACCAUCAACAAGUGCUGCCGCCUGCUCCAAUGGCAUCGAGCCGCUGACAGUCGACACUGAUCCGGUUGCAGUCAAGGCAUCACCUGCCAAUGAACUGGUGGAACAACAAACAGCAGUCGAGGGAACGGUCAAGGACUUGGCAACAGGUCAGGAAACAGAAAUAGAGGCGGGAGAAACCGCAUCGGCGAACGAGAACGAGACGGAGGCUGGCAAGGCGCCCUCGCUGAGCCCAGAAAUGAUUAGCGAGGGUGUCAGCGCCAUUAGCGUAAAGCAGUUCUAUAAGAAGCCCGAGUUUCUGGCCAACAAUCUGGGCAUCGAGAAGGAUCCCGAGCUGGGCGAGAUCGUACAAAUUGUUACGGAAACGACAGUCGACGCUGAGGCUGAGGCUGAAACGGAAGCUGAAGCUGACGUUGAGGUCGAAGCUGAUGCUGAGGCCCAAAUCGAAACCCAGGCCGAAACGGAGCUGAUCCUUGAGCUGGACGGGGAUGCGGAGAGCAAACAGGAUAAUUCCGCCUACUCCUCCGCGGCCAUGGACGAACUUCGUGUCGAUGAAAGCGGCGAUGAGACCACUGAAAUACUGGACGACCAAAAGACCACAGAUGAGCAGGAAACAGCUGCUGAAAAGCAAGCAACAACAACAGCCGCAGGGGAGGAGGAAGAUGCGACAGCUGCUGCCGUCGCUGUUGCUGCUGAGACAAUGAGCUCGCCGGGCGAGCUAAACGGCGAGACUGAGCAAGCAUCCAAGGCGGAUGACUACGAUGACUUCGAGAGCGAGAUUAUGGAGCAGCUGGCUAAGGAAGGCGUAGUGGAUGCCAGUGGCAAUGCGCUUAGCGCCACCAAAGCGUCGACACUGGAUAAGCCAACAACGCCACCAUGUGAUUCGCUCAAGAUUGUGCAGCAGGAUGAGGACACUGAAGCGGAAGCUGUCGUGAAGGAAGAGCAGGAGGAAGAGGAGGUUAAGAAAGAAAAACAGCUGCCGCCUACUGAGGAGGGAGUUGCAAAAAAGAAACCAAGCCAAGUGGAGCUCGACUUGGAGGUGGCACCCUACACCGAGGAACAGGAGGCGGAGGCCAAUGCCGAGGCUGAUGCUGAUGAUGACGCCGAUGGCGAGGGCGAUGCCGAUGCCGAGAUGCAAAUACUCAGCGAGGAUUGCGUCGAAUAUCCCGAGGAGAACAAAGAGAAUGUGUCGACUGCGGCCGCAGAUGGCAUCGUUGUCGCAGCCGGUGGCGAUGCUGUCAACUGCGAAUCAUCAAUGGACAUGGACAUUGAUCUGGCAUUCAAGACCGAGGACAGUGCUGUCGCCGCCAAUCUGGAAGCGGUGGCCGAGGUUGAGGGAAAGGAAGAGGUAAAACCGAAGAUGGAGGAUGAGGCGAAGAAGUCAAUUGAUGAGCACAAGAUCGUGACCAAGAUGGAAACUAAUGGCGAUGGCGACGGCGACGAUGAGGUGCUGCGUCGCGAGAAGGAGCUGCAUCUGCAGCAUCUCGGUCUGCUGACACAUCAGGCAGCCGAGCAGCUGCGUCAGGAAUACAUCCAGGAGGCGCACACUCGCGCCGUCCACCAGCAGCAACAACAGCAGCAUCAUCCCAGCGGCAAGCGGUCCGCUGCCAAGGGCAAUGCGCACAUCGAAUCCAGCGGCACACUCAAGACGGUCAUCAAGCUCAAUCGCAGCAGCAACGGCGGCUCGGGAGGAGCAGCUGCGGUGCCCACAGGCACCGUUAUACACGGCGCUGCUGUCGGUGGAGCGGGCAAUGCAGGCGUCUCGGGUGGUGCAGCGACGACGACGUCGGGCAUUGGGAGUGCAACGCGCAAAGGUGGCAUCGUGGUUGGAGGCGGCCAUACGGGAGCGGCGAGCAGCUCGGCGCACGGUGUGCGACGACAAUCGCUUAAAAUGACAUUCCAAAAGGGACGGGCACGUGGACACGGGGCCACCGAUCGGGCGGCCGAUGGGCAGCAUGGGGCCCAUGCCGAAGACUAUUACACGAUACAGAAUGAAAACGAAGGUGCGAGCAAAUCGAAUGCAAAUCCGAAUCUGGGUAACGCCGGCCGCAAGACAACUAACCGUCUAAGCUCUACUAACAACAACCAUCACAACAACAACAAUCAGAAUCACAGCAACGGCAACAACAAGCAGCAGUUGCAACAACAACAUCAGCAACAGUUGCAGCACAGCAAACAUAACAAUGAUUCGUCACACUCGGAAGGCCAAGGUGGACAACUGGACCACAGCUUCUAUCAGACGGUGAAAAAGGACGAGAAGGAGAAAAUACUCAUACCAGAGAAGGCCUCCUCGUUCAAGUUCCAUCCGGGACGUCUGUGCGAGGAUCAAUGCUACUACUGCAGCGGAAAGUUCGGACUCUACGACACGCCCUGCCACGUCGGCCAGAUCAAGUCCGUUGAGCGUCAGCAAAAGAUACUCGCAAAUGAGGAGAAGCUGACUGUGGAUAAUUGCCUGUGCGAUGCGUGCUUCCGUCAUGUGGAUCGACGUGCCAAUGCGCCCAGCUACAAGAAACGCAUCUCUGCGCCAGGACACCUCGAGUCCAACAGCAACAACAACAACAGCGCUGCUGCCGGCGGCAGCAGCUUGGACAAGCACUUUGCUGGCGAUGCAACCGAUGCUGACUUUGCCACAACUUCAUCGGGCGCUGCUUCCGCAUCGGCGCGUGUCUGCGCUGUCAAGGAUUGUGCCGAUGGGGCGAGUCAUUCGCUGCGGCGCAAAUGCGUGCGGAAGAGCGUCAAGAAAUGCCUGCUGAACUUCGAGAUACCCGUGGGCACAUCGAACGUCUGGCUCUGUGAGCCGCACUACAACACUGUCAUUCAAUCCUCUGGCUGUGUGCUGUGCAAGCGUCGUCUGGGCAAGAAUCACAUGUACCACAUCACCUCGCAGGACACUGAUCGACUGGAGAAGGCUCUGGCCGAGAUGGGCAUUCCUGUGCAGCUGGGCGUUGGCACCGCCGUCUGCAAGCUGUGUCGCUAUUUUGCCAAUCUGCUGAUGAAGCCGCCGGACAGUACCAAGUCUCAAAAGGCCGAUUUCGUAAAGAACUAUCGCAAGAGGCUGCUCAAGGUGCACAAUCUGCAGGACGGCAGCAACGAGGUCUCCGAGGCGGACGACGAAGAUGUGCGCGCCUCAACGAACAGCACAGUUGCCGUUGCUACAGCGUCGGCGGCAUCGUCGGCAGCUGGCUACGAUGAGGGGUCCACAGAGCUGCCUAUGGUGGUGGACUACGACGGGCCCGCGACGGACUCGAAUUCGAGCAGCUCGUCCUCCCAUGGCGCAGCCGCAGCCAGUGCGGCCAGCAAGCAAAUGUCCAAGCUGCAGGCGAUACUCCAGCAAAACCUGGCCGGCGAGACAGCAACGACGAACGUUGCCAGCAGCGGCGGCGGCGGCGUUGGCAAAGAUAAGGCUGCUGAUAUUUCGAAUGUACUGCGCGGCAAUCCGAACAUAUCGAUGCGGGAGCUCUUCCACGGCGAGGAGGAGUUGGGCGUGCAGUUCAAGGUGCCUUUCGGGUGCAGCAGCAGCCAGCGCACGCCCGAGGGCUGGACACGGGUGCAAACAUUCCUGCAGUACGAUGAGCCGACGCGUCGCCUGUGGGAGGAGCUGCAGAAGCCGUACGGCAAUCAGAGCUCCUUCUUGCGCCAUCUCAUACUGCUGGAGAAGUAUUAUCGCAACGGCGAUCUGGUGCUUGCGCCACACGCCUCGCCCAAUGCCAGCGUCUACACACAAACGGUGCGUCAGCGUCUCAACUCCUACGAUCAUGGCCACUGCGGCGGACUGCAGAGCAAUGCGAAGAGUGCAGCUGAUGCUGCUGCUGGUCAGUCGCAGUCGCCGCCAACAGCAACAGCUGCAGCUGGCAGCAGCAACUUAUCCUCCUCCAGCUGUGCGGCGUCAACGAAUGCCGCCAGCGUUCUAGCAAGUGCUCUGAAAACGCCACAACAGCAGCAGAGCCAGAAUCAGAGUAGCGUUGAUUCGCUGUUGUUGCAGCCGCCAAGUCAGGAGGCGGUCAUUCCUUUGGUUGAGCUGAACGACGAUGAUGACGACGACGACGAUGAUGAUGAUGGUGGUGGUGGUGGUAAUAACGGCAACCAGAAGCGGGAGGAUGUAGACUAUACGCCGCUUGAACGCCUGCGCAAUGUGUCCGUGGACAAGCUGACGAAGCAGCUCAGCUCGAAUGCAGUCACCAUCACUGCGCGGCCCAAGGAAAGCGGGAAGCAAGCGUCGUCAGCAGUUGAGACAACAGCACACAAAAUGCCAUUGAGCAAGGAUGCGCCGCCUUUGGUGCCCACAAGCAGCGCAGCAGCAGCUGCGGCAGCGGCAGCCAACAGUCGCAGCAUUCUCAAAACAAAUCUGCUGAACAAGGCAGUCGAGUUGUUGCCGCUGUCAGCGGCACAGCAGCAACUCCAACAGCAACAGCAGCAGCAAUCGAAUCACAAACCCGCCGCGAAUGCGAACAACAACGAGAAGCCGCUCAAGCUGCUGGAUGUGGCCAAUCAGCUUGCGCGUAGCCACCUGGAGCAGCAGUCGGUGUCGCUGCUGACGCUGCAGCAGCAACAACAACAGCAGCAGCAGCAGCAACAACAAAAACAGAAACCUCUGGCUGCCGCUGCUGCAAUGUUGCAACAGCCCAGCAAGCCAGCAGCGACGAAUGUGGCACAGUUGCUGAGCUCGCCACCCGAGCUCAUCAGUCUGCAGCGACGACGCACAAGUGGCGUGGCUAUCGCAACUAGUGUCAACUCAGCGGCAGCUGCAGCAGCAGCAGCAGCGGCAACGAUUGCAUCGGUACCCGGACUGGCUGGCAAGCGACUCCAAUUGCCUCGGGCAGGCGGCGGCAGCGGUGCUGCCAACGCGCCCAGUGUGAUCAUGCUGCCGGAUUCGCUGUCGCCGCAGGAGCGACAUGACAGCAAGAGCUGGAAGCCCACACUGAUACCGCUGAAGGAGCAGCACAAGGUGCCGAACAAGUCGCCGACUCUGUUCCAAACAGCCGACGGACGUCGCCUGCCGGCCCAAGUGCAGGUGCAGUCCGGCGGCAAGCCAUACCUCAUCUCCAUCAUAGACUACAAUCGCAUGUGCAUAUUGCGACGCGAGAAGCUGAUGCGCGACCAGAUGCUGAAGACGAAUGCCAAGUCGAAGCCAGGUGGUGGUGGCCAGGCGCAGUCGCAGUCUCAGUCGCAAUCCCAGCAGCAGCAACAACAGCACUCGUCGAACUUUGCUGGCCUGAGCAGCAAAAUGGCAGCAGCUCAACAGACUGCACGCCAGCAGCUGCAGCAGUUGCAACAGCAGCAGCAACACAAGCAACAGCUGCCUACGCUGCAGCCAGGCGGCAGCAGCGGAUUGCGUUUGGCUCGUCUGGCGCCGAAGCCAAUGCCACCACUGAGCAACCCACAGCAGAAUGCGACCACGACUAGCAACAGCGGCAGCAGCUCGACGACGACAACGCAGGCGACCAACUAUCAGCCGAUGCUGGUGAAUGCCUUGGCUGCUGCGGCAGCGGCUGCAGCGACGGGCAGCAGCAGCGGAUUGGACAACAACACCUCGUGGCUGUGGAAGAACUAUCCGGAUCACUCGCAGUUUCUACUGAAUGGCAAUGGCAGCGGAGCUGGAAACGCCAGCAAAUUACCGCAUCUCACCAGCAAGCCGACAGCGACAAGCAUCAGUGGGGGCGGCAGCGGAUUAGGUGGGAGUGGCAGUGGUGGAGGUGCGAUUACUUUCACGCUCAAACAGCAGCAACAACAGCAGCAGCAGCAGAAGCUCAUCGAUAAUGUCAUCAUGUCCAAGAUACCCAAGAGUCUGACAGUCAUACCGCAGCACAUGGGCGGAGGAGGAGGAGGUGGCGGAGACUUGACAGGUUCAGGCUCAAAGGAAUGAGAACAACUGAAGCCCCAACAACAACCGAGUGACGAUGAUGGGAUGCAUUUGAAACGCAAGCAGUUGAUACUUUAAGACGAAGAAAGGAUGCGAGAGAGAUCAGAGUCAGCUUUAGCUAUAGCUAUAUAUAUAUAUAUAUAUAUAUAUAUAUAUAUAUAUAUAUAUAUAUAGUAGUGUUGGCCAAGCAUAUUCCAUAGAAACAGUCGCGGAUCAAUGGAUACGCCCAAGAAGGAUUUUAGAUGAUAGGCAAACUACACAACAAACACACGGAAACACAUUAUACACACACACACACACACACGCAUACAUACAUACGGCUAGAGUUGAAAACUAUACAAAUAGAA